GCAGCUCAGAAGCUGAACCUCUCGUCCAAGCGGAAGAAGCACCAGCCUCCCUCCCUGCUGCACCCUGGAGCCCAGGAGCCCUCCAUCUACCCCACCAACUUCAGUGGCACCCUGCAGCUCUCGCCGCCCCCCGCCCCACCAUGCCUGCUCCGCGCCGUCUCAAAGGUCAAGGAGAAUCCCGGGAUGGGAAAGGUAAGGAGUGACAGGCACACACACAGACACACACACAUUUACAUUUUAGUCAUUUAGCAGACACUCUUAUCCAGAGCGACUUACAGUUAGGGAGUGCAUAAAUUUUUCAUACUGGCCCCCCGUGGGAAUCGAACCCACAACCCUGGCGUUGCAAGCGCCAUGCUCUACCAACUUUGCUACAGGAGGCCACACAUACACGUUUGCACAUACACAUGCACUCACUCACACACACACGCACACACACGCAUAUACAGUGUGUAUGAGUGACUGACAUUUUAAUGGGAGAAUGCACAGUGGUGACGCAUUAGUCCAUAGGCAGCCAGUCGUCUGGUCCAGUCCAUACAGAUGCGGGCAGAUAAGCCUGUUCGAAUGUCAUGAAUUCACUCAGUUUGUUAGGGCCACGUUCCUCCCUCUGAGGGAAAGAAAACACAAAAAUCCAAUCCAAUUCACUUUAAAGGCUAAAAGUUUGCAAACAUUACUACAGCGAAUUUCUGCUAGCUGCGUUCCAUAAACCUGAUGAUGAAAUCGAGCAGGAUGGCGUUGAUUGGUCUGUCAAUAGCGUUAGUGCUGUAUAAACACACCCUUCCUCUAGGGUUUAUUGGGUAUUGUUUGCUGAGCUGAGAUCCUGUAUUUAUAGAGCAGAUGAAGUCCCCUAACAAGAUUAGAUCCCACCUGGUUGGGAAGUCGUUGCUUACUCUGCCAAAUUUCCACACCAUUGAGAUUUUGUCCCAAAUUGUAAAUCUCACUUCAUAAAACACCAGCGUUAUUAAGAAGCUUCCUCUCCCUACACCUGAGUUACUGAGCUAGACAUCUGUGACAGCCACAGGGUUGUUUUGAAAAGGGAAAUCAGCUUGUUUUACAGCAUUAUUCUAAGUCUAUAACCCCAGGUUCCUCUUCAUUAAGCACACUGUUAUGGGAAACUCAACCUGUCAUUGUGUCUCAGACAGUACUGCAGUUUGCAGUCACCUGGUUCAGACAACCAAGAGUUCACUGCUGUGAAACAAUGCUUGUUUGAGGAACCGCAGCCAACACGAUUUCAGUUGCCAACAUUCUUUUGUCUGCGGUAGACAAUUCAUCCCAGCUUCUUUACACCUAAUCUACAGUAUGCAUUUCUGAAGAAAUGACUGAAACACUGAGGGGAAUGGGUGCUGUGAUGUUUUCUUAUGCAUUUAUUCAAGACACUCCUAUCCAUCCAUGAAGAGUUGAUGUCAAUGCUGACCCAGACUAUAGCCAUUCGAUGUGUUUUGUGGAGGGUUUGGACAUGUAGAGAGGUGGUUGGGAGAAAAUCCCAGCUAAUGGAUUUCUUGGUGGGAUCAAGAGAUAGGGGAACAAGGCCAUUAGCAGAGGGGCCCGAGGUGUUAAAAUGCAGCAGAGGCUCCAGCCGGCCCCUGGUAUCACUACUCUGCCAAUGUAAAUAUAGCAGCUCUAGACGUUAGCUAUCGCUCCCUCACCCGGUUGGCUCAGCAGUCAUAUAUGGAAGCCCGGUUUAAAUGUCAUAGCAAAUGUAAUUUGCUCAACAUAUGUACACGUCAGUCACGAUAACAGCCCCCCACGGAGCACAAAGAGAGUUUGCACUUGGCUGCCGGAACACUGGAGAGGAAUUCCCUCUGUGGCGGAAUGGUAUAGCCACCACACAUUGUUCCUUAGUGCCAGAGCCAGGAUCUGUGGCAAUAUUUAUAAACAAGCCAUGGGAACAAUAGGCCUUUUGUGUGGGCGUGCUGCGAAUGACACGGGAGAGAGACACAGAGAAUGAAAGGAACAGUCUGAGCUGUCAGUUUUGCUGCCUUUGCAGAAAGGGGAGGUGGGGGAACAGUUAGAGUUGUAAUCAGCUGCUCCAUACCACAGAGCCUCUCACAGGCAUCAUAGUCAUUUUGUUUUUGUGCGAUGCAGGUUUUUAUUAUUUUUAUUGUCCCAGACUGAAUUCCUUAUCAACGCAUGGUUGUUAAAUCUCAAGCUGUUUGUAACUAUGAAGGAUAGGGGGAGCGUGCCGAUGCACUGGUUCAGUGGAUUGACUACCACUAUGCUAAACCGUAAACACACUAAGCUUUCAGGGAUUUUUUAGAGCGAGGAGAAGCACCAUUAUCCAUUCCUCUGCCUGACAACAGAGAUGUUUAUGUCUCCUGUCUGUCAUACUACAAGAUAGUCAGGGUUGAGUUUUCACAGUCAAAUGUUGACAGAGUGAGUGAGGAUGUUCUUCUUAUCAGAGGAAUCAUCCACUCCUACAUGUUCUUUAUAAAUGGUAUUGCAGUUGUCACAGAAUAAAAAGAGUGUGAAUUUGUUUGAGGGGGCUAGUCAGGGAGACUGACCUAGAUGAAAACACACACACACACACACACACACACACACACACAUGCACACACAAACACACAUACACAUAACCACACACACACAUACACAGCUUCACCUAUAACGUGGUGUGCAUGCAGAUGAAACCUCACCCUGCUCUCUCCAGUUCAGGAAGUGCCAACAGACACAGCUGGCAGAAUAGCUCCAUUUGUCAUGGCCAUAACAUACAGUAGUUACAACAUUAGACUAGAUGAGAGAUGUCAUAGUAGAGGUGUACUAAAUCCACGCCUUAAACAUGACCAGUGACUUGCCAUACUGUUAAGAUCAUGGAUCACUGUUAGGAUCAUUAGAUCCCGUGUAGCUCAGUUGGUAGAGCAUGGCGCUUGCAACGCCAGGGUUGUGGGUUCGAUUCCCACAGGGGGCCAGUAUGAAAAAUGUGUGCACUCACUAACUGUAAGUCGCUCUGGAUAAGAGCGUCUGCUAAAUUACUAAAAUGUAAAAUGUAAAUAACCUGAAGCGACACAGAAUCUAUGGACUCUAAAUUUAGACUCAAUACAGACAGAUCCCAGACUGAUUCUGUCUGUGAGAGAGAAAGGGAGAGAAAGAGAGGGAGCGAGAAAGAGAGAGAGAGAGAGUGAGAGUGGGAGGGAGAGGGAGAAGGAGAGCGAGGAGGUGGAACAAGAGAGGGGCCAUAUGUUCCGAUGCUGCAGAGCUACAGAGUUGCUCUUGGUCCAGAGAACAGCCUGCUGGUUGGAUAAUCCCUCAGCAUGGUGGGUGGCUCAGAGUCACAGUCAUUACUGUUAUGAUUUACAAUAUCAGCCGUACACUGACACCAUUAGGCUUUGUGUUGACUCACGAGUGGCAGCUUAACAUGCAAUGGUGAUCCAUUUGUCAGGGGUAGCCGUGUCUCCAUGGUAACAUCCACUGUCUAUCAUCAUUGACAUGUUUAUCCAGGUUCAGCGUUGGUGUGAUUUCAACCUGUCCGUUCUCUCUCCACUACAAAUUCCCUUCUAUGUCUCCUGUAGCUGUGUGUACUGUAUGUACUGUGUUAUCUGCCUGCAAAUGCUCCCACAUUUGCCAUAUUUGCUUACAUCUAUGUUCUCUGCUCUCUCUCUCUUUUUCUCUCUCCUUGUGUUGCAGGUGAAAGUGAUGAUGCGUAUCUGCCCCUCCCUGGAGGCUCCUGAUUCGUCCGAGUCCAUGUCCUUCCUGAAGGUGGACCCCAGGAAGAAGCAGCUGACCCUUUACGACCCAUCAGUCAACGACCACGCCAACUCAGGGCACAGGAGAGCCACCGUGGCCAUUCCAAAGAUCUUCGCCUUCGACGCAGUGUUUACCCAGGAUGCCUCUCAAGUAAGGACCAAGCAGUUGCAGAGUGUGUAUGCUGGCUGGGUGCAGUCCAGGGGCUUAGUGAAAAAAUGCCUGUCUUGGGUCGGGAGCAUUCUAUCCAGUAUGGGCCACAACAGCUGGGGCUUUUAAGUCUGGGGAAUGAAUUGAAUUCAGUCCACUUAUAUCUAAGCUCUCCUUUCAUAGUCCAGUUAUAUCUAACCUCUCCUCUCCCAGUCCAGACCUUACAGUCUAGUAGAGCCAUGCCUAAAUUAAGAUCAAAGUGGAAGGGCCAGACACUGAGGACAUGUUUACUUGACGGUGAUUGAGUAACAACCAGACAACUAUGUGCUAUUGAGUUCUGUUUAGAAACUUCUCUCACCAAAACCAUUGAGCUUUCCAUUGACCACUCAGUAUCCUCUGAACUGAUUGAUGAGGAGAUGAGAAGAUCUAGCAGUGAUACAACAUGCUGUUAAGUGCCUACUAAAAAGGGAACAUGAACCAAACUACUCAAGGCGAUUGCUCCCUAUCGUACUAUACAAUAUUUAGGUUUGAGAAGCUGAGAAGCAGUGGGGGAUCUGAUCAAGCCUUGGUAUGGUCAGUAGCUACAGGGUCUACAGCAUGGAUCAGUGUCUCCACAGUGGAGGUUGGGUUAUGUUCAUAGCUUCCUCCAUCAGAUACAUCUCCUCCACAGUAAGCCAGCUGAUAGGGGCUGAUUGCCCAGCUCCUGUAGAGCAGACUCUGAGGCAAGGCUGAGGCAAGACUGCUAGAUUGUGCCACUGGGACCGCACUGCUGGUGGCUAAAAGUAACAGCAAGCUGUUCCGCAGUAAGAGGCCUUGUUUGCUUUGUGAUGUAUGGGAGGAGAUCUCAGUCUGCAGCAGAAGCCUAGCCUCAGUGGAGCCGUGGUGGUUAAACAGAUUGUAAAGAUGAGCCACGCAUUUCAACAAACGUUCCUGAUGACGACGCUCUCUGAAUCUUUGAUCAGAGCCUGUCUUACUGAUGCUCCUCCUGUGUUUGAUACCUAUAAUAUUUGUAAAACUAAUUGAGGAUCUGUUAAAGAUUUGAUAUUUCAAUAUACAACAUAUGGAGUGGGGAAUGGUAGAGCUGCCCUCUAAUUCCCCUAUCUCUCUCUCACACUCUCUCUCUCUGUUUCUCCCUCUCUGUCUCCGUCAGGCGGAGGUGUGCUCAGGGACGGUGUCUGAGGUCAUCCAGUCCGUGGUGAAUGGUGCGGAUGGCUGCAUCUUCUGCUUCGGCCACGUCAAGCUCGGUAAGUAAGCCCCUCUACUCCCCUCAUCUGGCAAAGAAAAACGCUCUCUUUCACAGCCUGGUUUGAUGUUCACAUUCACAAAUGGUUUAGUGGUGCACUGGAGUGAGCUGAGGAGAAGAUAAGAGAGUUUGGAUGAGCAAGGGCUAGUGAGAGAUGGUGGUGAGGGGUGUCUUUAAUUUUACCCACUGUCAUUGACCUGGAUUCUUUACCAGUCUGAGGGGCUGUCAUUUCUCAGAACAGGCUUCCUUUUCCCUUUUCUUAUCCACUGUGCUCAUCCUCCAGUGAUUGCUCCUUGAAUCACCCCCUUCACAAAUUCUUAUAGACACAGGAGAUUCCCAAUCAACUCUACCCAUUCCGGACAGCGUAUUACAAGUCUUCUCAGUUUUAGGAGAGAAAUGAGCAGCAGGCUGUUGACAACAGCAAUGCAUAUUACUUGUAUAUUAAUGUCUCCAUCCCCCUUUCCUCUCCACCGUCUCCAGGCAAGACGUUCACCAUGAUUGGCAAAGACGGCUCCACCCAGAGCCUGGGCAUCGUGCCCUGUGCCAUCUCUUGGCUCUUCAAGCUCAUCAACGAGCGCAAGGAGAAGACUGGCACGCGCUUCUCUGUCCGCGUGUCUGCCGUGGAGAUCUGUGGGAAGGACGAGGCUCUGAAGGACCUCCUGUCUGAGGUGUCCACAGGAAGCCUGCAGGAUGGACAGUCCCCAGGGGUCUACCUGCGUGAGGACCCCAUCUGUGGCACUCAAGUGAGGAAAAAAAGGCGUCUAGACGCUUGCCUGUUUUCUUGCCUUUCUUUGUUCUCCCUCUCCGUCUCUCUCUGUCUGGUAUAUAUUAGUGUCUGUGUAUUGAUCUGACUCUCACUACUAUCUACCUCUGUCUACCCCAAAGAUUUAGGCCUUUGUAUUGUCCGUUUUCUUUCAUCUCCCAGGUCUUUCCUCUGUGUACUCUGAGCCCAUAUUGCCCUGCCUUACCCAUCUCAAUAAUCCCUGCUCUAUAUUUUCACCAAAGCCAUCCACAAUAUCGACGUCUUUCUCCAUACCUUUUUAUUGACUCCCCUGUCAGCAUCCAUCAGCAUCUAUUACCUCUGCGUUAGCUCUGGUCCUCUGCAGCACAAUGGGACUAGUUGGGGGGAUGGGGGAUUGAAGGCACUGACAGGUGUUGCCGUCUGAUGUUGUUUUUUUGGAUUCUGUGUGGACUGUGACUUCAAAGGCUGCCGGAGUCCUGUGAAGCUCUUCACGGCUCCUCCUCCUCUUAGUAACCACGUGGUGUGGCCUCCCUACUAGAUGCCCCCUUCUCUCCUCUCCCCCUCUCUCCAUACCACACCACAUCCGUGUGGAGGAAAGUGCCCCUGCCUCCUGCUCCUCCAUUACCUCCCCUAAUCCCCCUCCCUCUGUGUGCAUAUCUGUUUCUCUGUAAUUGCCCCCGAGACCCAAUCUAAUGGGCAAGAAAUGUGUGCUUGGGUCCAAUUAACUGUCUCCCCCCUCUCUCUCCUUUUUCUCUCCUUCCUCUGUUCACUUCUCACUCUUUUCCCUCUCUCUCCAACUCCAUGCUCUCUCCUUCUCUCUAACCCUUCUCUUUAUUUUACCCCCCUCUUACCCUAUCUCUCCCUCUCUUCCCUCCUCCCCCCUCAGCUACAGAACCAGAGCGAGCUCCGCGCACCCACGGCGGAGAAGGCAGCCUUCUUCCUGGACGCGGCCAUCGCAGCACGCAGCACCAGCAGGCCCGACGCAGAUGAGGAGGAGAGACGCAACUCUCACAUGCUUUUCACACUGCACAUCUACCAGUACCGCAUGGAGAAGAGUGGCAAGGGAGGCAGUGAGUACUACUACUACUACUCCUACUACUACAUUACUACACUACUACUACUACUACUACAUUACUACUACUACUACAUUACUACUAUUACUACUACAUUACUACUACUACUACUACUACUACUACUACUACUACUACUACUUACUACUACUGUUAUUACUACUACACUUAGCACAUCUAUCAGUACUACAUGAAGUGAGGCUCUCUCUGAACUCUAGUGUCACUCUGUGUGUCCUAGUGUCUUUGACUGUGUCUGAUUUUCAUUCAUCAUUCUGCUAUUCUAUUAAUAAUUUCCUCACUCGAUUCAACAAAUACUCUGACCUUUUCGAUUUCUCCGCAAGAGAUCAAUGCACUGAACCAUAUUGCUGCACAUGAACAGAACAAUUAUUUCACUGGCUGAUUAUGGACUUAAUCGAGUAAAAGUAAUGACCUACAGUAGUUUAAUGAUGAUGACUUUAUUAUGCCUUAAUGAUAGUGUUAAGUAGCAGAUGUAAUUCCCCUCAUCAGUUCUGGUGCUGAUGAUAGUUCUUCAAGUGUCUGUGUUCCCAGAGGUAACCAUCAUAGCCACAGGAGACUGCACCGCACUGGGCUAGAUGGUGUCUAAAGUCUGAAUAAAUCUUAAUGAAUAAAAAGCCUCAAGCCUCUCAUGUGUAAUGUUUAUGGAUGGGAGCGCACUAGCCUCUAUAAAAAUGUGACUUGCUUGCAUUCAUGUGUUGUGCUAAGCGGAGGGAGAGAGAGAGCGCGCGAAUUUGAAGCACUCCAUUUCUAAGUAUUGCUGACAAGAGUUUAAUGGUUCGCCACCUAGUCUGAAACUCUGUAAUUUUCUCCCACAAUCAUGUGAAAUAACAUAUCAGGGACCUACAUUACAAUGUGCUGCCCCGCUGCUGAAUAACAUUUGGAGAAAUUCUGCUCAUUUUCCGUCUAUACUGAAUUACUGUAUAAUUUCUUAUUUUAUAGCACAGCCCCCCAAACUAGUCAUCAUCUAAGAUGACAAUUUAUGUACCAAAUACAGUGACUGUCCCCCUUGGUUUUGUAUGUAUGUGACAACAAGAUCCUUCCAUUUCUGGAACGUUAUUACCUGUCUGUUAAACGGAGACAAUCUCAGCCCAGAUUUUUAUCACUUCAGACCGAAAGGCUUACUAUUGAAUAAAUCAGACUGCCAUGUCUGGUCAGGUUUGGGCUGUGCCACUCCUGCCUGUAUGGAGCAGCAGCAGCACGUGGGAACCCUGACUUCCUUCAGAGGGAGUGUCUGACUGUGUCUGUGCUGAGAUAUAACCUCACCUGGCUCUUCCUCCUGUGUCAUCUACAGUGUCAGGCGGACGGAGCAGGCUGCACCUUAUAGACCUGGGGAGCUGUGAGAAGGUGCUUAGUAAGAGCAGAGACGGAGGUGGAGGCCUGUGUCUGUCUCUCACCGCACUGGGCAAUGUUAUCAUGGCUUUAGCCAAUGGAGCCAAGCACGUACCUUACAGGUAGGGGAACUAGUACUGUACUUUAUAUACCUUGAUUAUGUAAUACGGAGUCGAGUAUGUAAUCAAAAUGUACAUUUACCUUGACUAUCAAGGCUGUGUUUAUCUAGCUUGCUAUAGAUUGAAAGAUAUGGCUCAGUCUCAGCCAUGUAGUUUGCAACACUAUGGAAUCAGAAAUGAGGUCAAGAGACAGAUAACAUUUAAUUUGGAGAAUGCAAUGCAGACUGAGGGCUUUAUUUUACCAAACCUAACGCAAUGGUACAUUUAAGUGCUGGCGGUGGUGCUAUAGGUUCGUGGGUGUGUCAGAAAUAUUUUUGCUAUUUUCACCACCACAAUUAUAGGCACAGUUGCUGGCGGUUGCAGUGGGUUUUGAUGAAUAAACCAGUUAUGGGUGUGUCAAGGUUUGGCCCCUCACUGGCCAAUCAGAAGGUGCUCCAUGACUAAAUAUGUGGUUGCUUCAAGUUGUGUAUUUAUGGUAUUUUAUGUAUUGCAUUGUCAUCAACUCCAAUUCGAAUGUUAGUCCAUUAUAGUUAGUUAAAUAGCCUGCCCCACAUUUGCUAAAUAUGUUGAACAUGUUUGCAGUCCACAUUUUUCUAAUUGCAUUGCUUCAAAAUGGAAAUACAUUGUUAAACAUAGGCUAUAGCAUUCACACCGAUACAGGGGCUAGGCCUACUUAAAAUUGCAGUCUGGACAUGCCAAACGUAGUAAAAAACCAAGAUUAAAUUCAUAAGGCUAUUGAUAAGGCCUAAAAGACAGUAUAUAGCCUAAUUAUUCUCAAAUUCGAAUCAAAACUAAACAAUAACUUGUUUUUAAAUAGGCUGUCUAAAUACAGUUACAGCACCAUAAUUGCUACCUGUAGGCAGAUAAGGCAACUUAGACUAUGGAGGUUUUUACACACAUUCAAACUUUUCACAGGAGCUGGAUAAAGAUCAAUAUAAAGAGAAGGGGAAUAUCCAUUCACCAUUAUACUGCUCGUAAAUGUAAUUUUUUAUUAACAUCAUGGAACCAUCUUACAGAUCAUAUUUGCACUUCUCCAGAAAUAGCAGACGAAAUUGCGUUGCAUUCCAGCCAUGUAGCCUACGUUAUCACCAUAAACCCAUGGACGGUGAAUUUUUUAAAAUAAGUUUGAUCGUUUUUCGUUUCAUUUGAUUAAUAACCAAUCUUCUUUUUAAACCAACAACAAUAUUUCUAAAUAGUAUCGGGUAUUGGGCGGAAACCAAUCGUUUUUUGGGGGGGAAACCAAUAGUUUCUUUAUGUUUCUAAAUACGACAUUCACCAGCAUAAAAUGCACAUCUCUUCCAUGGGUACUGUGUGUCAUGACUGGAUAGGCUGCGCUUCUGCUCUCAAAAUCCAUGCCAUUAUCAGAUGUGUUACCGUUAAGAGUCUUAAAACUUCCCAUUAGCGCUGCAUGGAAUUGUCACUUUUGCAAGUGUUUUUAAGGACACGCCUCAAAUAUUGCCAGCCAUCCCACCACAGUGGAAGUGAGCUCAGCUGAUGUUAGACAGGUAAAUUGCAGAACCUGGCAUUAGGGCUGGAAAAUGCCAGUCACCAGUUUUUACAUGACAAAAUUGCAAACUAACGUGCGUUUGACAUUGUGCCUCCUUACCGCCAGCCGAAAAAAUAAGCCUGUAGUGUAAAAUCGGGAAAAUGAGCUGGGAGGAAGUAUACUAAGAGGUUAGAACCAAAAAUAACAGUUGAAGAAGCAGUUGUUUCGAAUGUGAUAUGAAAUGAGUCUCUGGCACCCCAGACUAAUAUUAGGUGUAAAGGAUGUUGGUUGAAAAAUCCUGCCGUUUCCUGAGCAGUAAUGCUAAUAACGGUGUGUGUGAACGUAUCAUCUCUAGGGACAGCAAACUGACGAUGCUACUGAGAGAGUCGCUGGGGAACAUUAACUGCAGAACCACCAUGAUCGCCCACAUCUCUGACUCCUCUGCUAACUACACUGACUCCCUCACCACCAUCCAGCUGGCCUCACGCAUCCACCGCAUGAGGAAGAAGAAGUCCAAGGUCUGUGUCUCAACUCAAAGAGCUUUCAGUAUCAUACGCCAUAAACAUUGGUAUAGCCACAUGGGUAUUCUCUAUUUGAACAGUAGCAUAUUUCGAUGAACACAGCACUUACUGUUUUGAUGAGGGAAAGCCAUCGAUUCUCAGUUAUAUAAGUAUUUAGUGAUCUCAAGAGUGUAUUACAGGGGUGUUAUUAACAUAAGUUGCAUUGUUCACCAUUUCAGGGCCAUGGUAUGAAAUGAAUCAGGGCCUGAAAUUAAUGUGAUGUUAUUAGUGCCAUAAUUAAGAGCUAGUUUUUCUUGGCUUCUCAAUACAUAAUCAUGUAAUCAAUAGGGCUGUCUAAGGAUUAGGGAAAUAAUUGCUCCAGAUGAUUAAGUGGAAUGACAGCAUGUAUUUAUUUUGCAUCGGUCUCCGGUGUGAUUAUAAUGCAUGCCACGCAUACCAAUUCAUAUUAUUGACAUACAUUUCAGUGUACCUAUUGAUGUGCAUUUUUUACUUUUAAAUGUAUUGACUGGCUAUUUUUAAAGGGAUUUAUAUUUGCCUUACAAAUGAUUCCUUCCUGAAUUCUUUACACAAUUGAAUUAACUGUAAAUUGAAAGAGGGACAUGCAGAAAAAUGUGGAGAAAAUGAUAUAAAGACUCUUUCAAUAAGCCUAAAGUAAUAAUGUUAUAUCUUGAAUAUGAGAAGUGUGCAGACAGUCUUGUACUAAGCACUUUAGACAUGUCCCAAAUACACUGUGUUGUAAGUGUCUGUAUGUGUUUCUGGCUGUCUUGCAGUAUGCAUCCAGCUCCUCUGGAGGGGAGAGUUCCUGCGAGGAGGGGAGGAUCCGUCGGCCGCCCCACCUCAGACCCUUCCACCCCCGGACGGUGGCCCUGGACCCGGACCUGCCCUCCCUGCUCAGCGACCCAGACUACUCUUCCAGCAGCGAACAGUCCUGCGACACCGUCAUCUACGUGGGUCCGGGGGGCGCCGCCAUCUCUGACAGGGAGCUGAGUGACAACGAGGGCCCCCCCACCUUCGUUCCCAUCAUACCGUCUCUGAACAGGAAGCGUUCUGGGAAAGAGGGCACCCUGGACAGAGACCACUUCUUCAAGUGCAACACGUUUGCUGAGCUGCAGGAACGCCUGGAAUGUAUUGACGGCAGCGAGGAGCCUACAGCGUUCGUUGGAGAGGGCAGGGGAAGUCAGGCCAGCCCACAGAUAGACAGCAAGGCAAAGGAAGGCCCUGGCUCAGCUUCCCUAAAGACUGUAACUAAAGCCUCCUUCUCCCAGGAGAGUAUCUCACCCAAACGUCCUCCUAAAUCUGUAGGCACUACGCCGUCCAGCAGCCCCCAGGUGAGCCCCUCUAAGUCUAAACUGGAACAUUCCAGAGGGGUUUCAGAGAGCGUGUGCAGAACGAGUGCUGAUGGUGAGAAGGUGAUGAUGUCAGAGAGCCAGGCUAGCCCAAUCCAACAGGAUGUGGCCACGGUGCCAGCCUCUGAGCCAGUGGUGCGGGAGAAGGUCUACUUCAACAAGAAGCCCUUACCCAAGCCUGCUCCCCCUCCCCCACAGCAGAGAGACUCACGCAGAGGCAACAGAGAGGCAGAGGAGAUGUCCACCACUAGAAUGCCGCCUGUGGGAAUGAGCCAUCAGGCUGGGAAACGGGGGGAGUCUGGGGGCUCCCCUUUUCUUGGUAGAGCCCAGACAAGGGGACCAGUAGAGGUGUGCCAGCUGCGCUCCACCCUGAGAGAGAGGUGCCUGGACAGGGACAUCCUCCGGGCUACAGUGACCCUGCAGCAGCCUGUGGAGCUGAAUGGAGAGGAUGAGCUGGUGUUCACUGUGGUGGAGGAGCUGUCCAUCGGCAGCAUCAUAGACAACGGCCGGCCCUCCAGCAUCAUCAGCUUCAACAGCGACUGCUCCCUACAGGCCCUGGCCUCCGGCUCCCGGCCCGUCAGCAUCAUCAGCAGCAUCAACGAUGAGUUUGACGCCUACACGUCAGCUGUGGGGGGUGCAGUCAAUAUCGAGGUGCUCACCCCCUUACAGGAUGACACAUUUGUGUGUGUGGGCAGCAGGGGCUCGUCCAUCAGCUCCUGGCUCAGUGAGGUCAGCGUCUGUACUCUGGAGAGUGAAGGGGCCCACUCUGCAGACGUCUUCCUCCCACAGAGUAAGCACAUCGGCCCAGAAGGCACCUUCUAUCUGGAUUCCCUGGGUAUGUUUCACUGUGAAUCAUCCCCAAGGGACACCAAGAAAUCCCUGAAUGACAGCGGCUUUAGCUUUUCUGAACUGGACAGUGACAGCGCAGUGUCUAGCAAACUGUCCCUGACAAAGUGCCCUCCGUCUCCCGAGUCAACCAAAGGAUCCCUCAGAUUCCCAUCCAAAACAGCGAAAGUGAACUUUCUCAGCUCCUCCUCCCAACCCUCCCAGGGCCCUUACAUAGUCCACUCCAGUCUUCCCAGGAAAAUGAAACCUACCUCAUCCAUCACCCAUAGUAACAGCAACAGCAGCAGUCGUGAACCACAGAGACAGGAAGUCAAGCAGGAGGACCCCUGGCAGCGCAUUGACAACCACUCUGAACCUCAGUUCCCAGACCCCAGUGCCACUGCCACCAGCAAGCUUCCCAGAACCCCAGUGAGUGGCAUUCCCUGCCGGAAAGCUGGUGUUGUCAACAGCAACAGCGUACCUCGCCAGCCCAAGGUGCAGGGCUCUACCUCAGCCCAGAGGGUGGUGGACGGCUGUGAGAAGUCGGCCAGCAAGAAAGCAGGGUCCCCCAGCAAGAUGCCUCAGCUCAGACGAGGGGCCACCACCCUGGGCACCGUGCCUGUCAUCCACGCCUCCCCAGAGACCAAGGUCACCACCCAGGACAUCACAGCUACAACCAACAGUCUCAAGUACUCCUCUCUGGGGAAAACUGGGAAGACCAACGGGCAGAAAGCCAGCAUGCUCCCCAAACCUGGUGGUACCUCACCUCCUCCCCCUCCAGUGCGCAAAUCCAGUCUGGAUCAGACGAACAGGACCCUGCUGCCCCAAAGUGCCUUAAAGUCUGCGUAUGGGGAAGCAGGGAGGCCCUCACUCACCAGGGGGACGGUGUCAGAGGAUGAGCUAGAGGUCCAUUGCAGAGGAGACUCCAACAGCCUCAAAACAUCCAGCCUCAGGGGUGACUACACCUCGGCCAAAGCCACGUCCAGUCUGAAGGCCAGAGGGGCCAGAGGGGAUGCUGGACAGCAGCAUUACGGCAGUCAGAUGUCUCUGGAGAGGUGUGACAGCAUGUCCAUGGUGGGCUCCAAACCCACCAUCAGCCGAGAGAACAGAGGGACCAGCCUGGGCAGCAGCAUGUCCAGCAGGUCCAUUCCCAGAUUUGGUUUACCCAACUCAAGCAGCUCUCCCAUUGCUACCUCCCCACCUUCCCCAUGUGGCGCCACAGGUGCUCUAGGUAAACCUGGGCAGGUCAAAGGUAGUGUUAACACCAGAGCGGUUGGAGUGGUCAAUGGAAGUAAGGCCCGUUUGUUGUCAGCAAGCAACUCUAAAGCCCUGAGCUCCUCCACCAAGUCCCUGGCAGCUCCAGCCACCAGAAACCCAAAUGCCAACCUUCCCCCAACUGGCAAGACCUCCGCCCCUCGGGCCACCGCAGCCGUAAAUAGCAAGCCUGGCCGGGGCACCAUCAUGGGCACCAGGCAGGCCAUGCGGGCAGCCAACAGCCGGGUCAGUGAGCUGGCAUCAGGCAGCACAUCAGGCAAACAUCUGAGGGGCUCAGGGGACUCUGACAGUGGUAAUGACAGUGGGGUGAACCUGAGUGAUGACAAGUCCCCCGUGGCCAUGCUGCCGUCCCCCUACAGUAAGAUCACAGCCCCCAGGAGGCCGCAGCGCUACAGCAGUGGACAUGGCAGUGACAACAGCAGUGUUCUGAGUGGAGAGUUGCCCCCAGCCAUGGGCCGCACAGCCCUCUUCUACCACAGCGGGGGCAGCAGUGGUUAUGAGAGCAUGAUCCGUGACAGCGAGGCCACAGGCAGCGCGUCCUCUGCACACGACUCCAUGAGCGAGAGUGGGAUGUCUUCCUCAGGCCGCCCCAGGACCUCCAAGUCCCCCAAGAAACGCAAUGGUAAGCGCUUUGAAUCUGUAUACAUCAUUAUGCAUUAUCUCUGAUAAUAUCCUGUACAACAGCAUACUGUUAGGGAAUCAAAAACAUGUGAAAGUUCCAUAAAAUCCCAAGCAUUAAUUAGGUCCUUUUACAAGCCUUCUUGUUUAAGUCCUGUCUUUGUUGUUUUUUACAAGCCACUGUGUGAUGUCAGAAGUCAAACAGUCCACUUGUUAAAUAAUGGAGGAGAAGAUCGUUAAUGGAGGUCAUAAGCCCAACUGUCUCUAUAAAAGCCUCUUGUCCAAAAGUCACAAAGCACGUCUAUGAAUUACCCCUAAUUGCUUUUUGAAAAGUAGUUUUCCUGCACAGAGCAGCUUAGACAAUCACUAGUUAAGGGUUGUUAAGGGUGAAGGUUCACUGCUGUUGACUUUAACUAGAUGUGUCAUGCUGAAAAGCAGACUGAGUGGUGUUCCCGUCUGAAAUAAGAACUUCAGUUCUCCAGAUCGAAGCAGCAUGCCAGAGAAGUAUAGCACAGAAUCCCCAAACAACAUCAAGUACAACCUGCGAUUUCUCUAACUUCCCCUGGUAAUCUUGUAAAGAUAGAGGCUCUAACAGUUUAAAAUCAGAUUCGUAUAGUUUAUGUAAUCAAGGUAUGUAAUGAGAUUACUUUGAACUCAGUUGAACAGCACUGGAACGUUGUUGUCAUGUUCCAGCUCUGGUAGAUUUAUGUAGUCAACCUUUUCAAUUCAUAUUGUGUGGUAGGGAUAUGAUAUAGACAGUGGUGAAAGCCUUCUACAUAUGCAAUCAACAGCACGCUCAGGAGGUCUGUGUAAAGCCUGCUAUCGCUUUACAUCUCCGUCUCAGCCUCAUACAUAUUUACUGAUAGAUAGAGCCGUUCAACUCGGCCCGGGCAGAUAUUACCAUUGUACAUUUCCUGCAGUAAUUGAGGUGCCUGUCUGUCUGUGUCUCGCCAGGGCUCCAGCGGCGGCGGCUCAUCCCGGCCCCCCUGCCAGACACCUCAUCCCUGGGGAAGAAGACUGGCACAGCUGGCCAGUGGGUGGACCUGCCGCCCAUGUCAGGACCACUGAAGGAGCCCUUUGAGAUUAAGGUGUACGAGAUCGACGAUGUGGAACGGCUCCAUAUGCGGCGUCAGGAGGACUCAGCCGAGGUGAGCGAAGGGUCACGCUUACUGUCUGUCAAGCUCCCCAUACUGUUACUGAACUUAUUUUAGAGUCCUGACAUUAGGUUCAUGUUCAUCACUACGUACGUGCUUCUUAGCAAUGUCAGGCUCAGCAAUGUUCUGCAUGUGCCACAUUGAUCUCAGCAAUAUUCUGAAUGUGCUACAUUGAAGCCAGGCAUGGCGUUGUGGGAAGGUCUUGGCUCACUCCUUCCCAGUUUCUUAUUAAAGAACAAGAUGAAAAUAUGCGUCUUAGACGUUCGACCUUCAGUCUGCCCAAUGGCGAUUCCCGGCGUCUUUAAGUGUCUAUGUGACCACAGUCAGAGCCCAGUGUUACUCUAGCCAGGCUUUUGAAGGAAUGUGAAGAGAUCAGGAGGCAAUUACUGUCUGGGGUUAAUUGGUUUAGAUAUGACUGGGGCUUACUGCUGGUGCUGGUCGACGGAGGGGGAAGGGGUGGUGAUGGAAAGAGCAGUCUAGGAAUUUGUGAUGAAUGUGCAUCCCCCCCUCCACAGCCCAUCAGCCAUCACCGUGGCCCAUCCCUGGCUGCCUGAUGGCUCUUUAUGGCUGGCGCUACUUGCCACGGGUCAUUAACUCCUCCCACAAGUUAGAGGUAGCCAGACAGGGAUUUGUUAAGAGAAGAUAUUAAAUCAGCUGGUGGUGGUUUGAUUUAGUUUCAAUUAGGAAAAGAUGAUCUUCAAUUUGUCUUUCCAAGCCAUCACUGGCUGAAUGGCUGGGAAUGAAGUGCUCACACGGGGGUGUAUGAGCACUUCAUUCCCAGACAGUGAUGGCUGGGAAAGACAAAUUGAAGAUCAUCAUUCCCAGUCCAGUUUUGGAAUACCAUGUAAAAUGUGCAUCAAGGCUUGUUUCCAUGUUUGUAUAUUCACAUGUCUAUUUGUGUUCACAUGGAUUUUUCUGUGUGUAUAUAUACAGGGUUCAGUACUCUGUAUAUUCAUGUCUGUUUGUGUGUUCAUGUUUGUUUGAGUUCUAACUGUGAAAUCAUAACUCUGUCUAGAGUAAGAGCAUAUGUUUGACCUUUUGUAUUUUCUCUUCUCUUGUCUCCUCUUUAGCAGCCAUUCCAAGAUGUUGAGAAGGUACGUUGAUUUUGCUGGAUGGCUGAGGCUUCAUUAUUCUGUAUUGGGAGUUGGGGAAUAGUUUGGAGUGAGGGAAGAGAGGCGAAGAACAGGAAUUAAUUGCAUUGUUUGAGUUGCAUGCACAUAUCUCAAAUUAGGUUUCUGUCCAUUGUGACAGGAAACCAGUAUUCUUAUAUUACAAUACCUGGAAAAUGGGCCAGAAAUGUUAAUAUACACUACUGUGUCUGUAUAUCCUGCAAUUCUUUAGCAGCAAAAAAAUGCUAGUCAAUGACGGCCAUGAAAUAUCAUCUUCAAGCUUACUCUGAAUUUCAAACAGUUCCUGUCACUCACCACCCUAUCGUGUCUCUCUCUCUCUCUCUCUCUCUCUCUCUCACUCUCACUCUCACUCCCGCUCUCUCUCUCUCAGGGCCUGCUGUACUUCAACAGUAAGCUGAAGGUUCUGGAGUGGCGGCAGCAGCAGAUCAGGGAGCUGAAGGUCAAACACGAGACACUGAAGGAAGAGCUAGAGGACACCAAGACCCUGCUGAUGAUGGACCCAUGCAAGUGGAUAGGAGAGUGUAAGUGCUACAUUAUUCUACCAGGAUAGGGGCAUAUGGGGAUUUACACCUUUUUUUAUUCUUCAUAUUCCCUACCAAAAUAGAAAGUUAUCUUCCUAUUGAAAGUUAACUUGAUUCUGUGGACUGUCUUCCAGAUUUCAGUUGACUGUGGGUGACCAUGACUUUAAUCAUCUGCUCUCCUGUCUCUUCUCUUUCAGUUGAGGUGGACCAGGAUUUGGACAAGGAGUCCCAGGAGUACCUGGAGGCCCUGAGUCAGGUCACAGAGGAGCUGGACUUCUGUGUCAACAUAUGCAAGUCACGUGUCAUGAUGGUGACGUGCUUCGACAUCCGUGUGGCAUCACCACCUGACACUCAAGAGGGACUGCGAGAAGUGGAAGUCUGA